UAAGAUARCUGUWAUGGCGGCUGUGGUACAAAUGUCUGCUGGUCAAAUUUUACCGAUGAAUGUAGAGCUCGACAACAUUCUUCGCCAAAUACACGCUUCUUACACACCAGAGAURCGUAAAGAUGUUGUUAAUUUUACUAAAGAGAACUUGCAAGGUGAAUAUAAAGGUUUUAAGUCUGGYGARGAYCUUCCUGAYGUUUUAAAUACRAUGAAAAAACAAGGACAAAUAGGCCCUUYGAACACYGAACCAUUGAAAUAUUAUGUUAAAAAUGCAAGUAAAGAAAACAGGAAGAUGCUUCUGAAAAAGGUACAUGAUUUCAAAUUGAAAUACCAGAAUACAGAUAACAGAGAUUUUGUUGGAAGGCAAASAGAUGUUGACAUUGUUCUUUCUACUAUAGAAGAUUCAAAAAGCAAUGUUAUAAAUGUAUUUGGCGAGAAAGGAGUUGGAAAAACAACSUUUGCARGCAAAGUUGCAGAGAAGCUUGCCCUACCAGAACAGAUACACUCUGUUGAUUUACAGCAAGCACGCGAUGUCACUACCAUAAUAAGCUCAAUUUUGCUGGCUUUUAACAACCCGAAGGCAAUUAUUCCAAGCAAGGAAGUAGUGUACGAAAUGAUUGAAAAUCUUGAGAAGCAUUCUGUUAUAAUUUURGACAAUUUUGUUCUAAAUCAAAGCAAAGAUCUUGAGCUUCAACUAAAUGAGUUCAUCACUUUCCUUAAGGAAGCAACAGAGCACGACAAGGGAAACAACUUAACCAUCAUGAUUACAUCACAUUCUGUGCUGRCAAUAGACUUUAUUAAGGAUCACAGAUUAGAAGCACUUUCAUCUGACAACUCUGCUGAAUUACUAAAAGAAGUUUGUGCAGAUGAAUCCACAAAAGAUCAAAUUGGGCAUUUGUGUAAAAAUUCCCCUCUUCAUUUACAAACAACUGUUGCUGUUUUGAGGGAAAAGCUUACAGAGCCACAAGAGGUACUUGAUAAAUGCCAAUCAAAAAGCCAACAAGAUAUAAGUAAUGUUCUUACACAGGCCUUUGAAGUGUUYUCACCAAAUAUGAAAAAAGUGGCAAUUACUCUCUCAAUGUUUCAAAGUCCAUUCACCAUCAACUUAGCCGCUAUGCUUUUAAAAUGUUCAUCGAGUGAAGCAAACUUAUAUUUGGGAAGUUUGAAGUUCAGGCACUUUCUMUCCUUGGUAAACAAGAAAUAUUCCAUGCAUUCUUUAGCUAAGGAAGUCUUAGCAAAGAAAGGUAAAGAGAAGAACCAUGUUGACACAUACAAUGAAGCUCAGGAAACKUUUUCAAGACUUUUUGUGAAGAGAGCAAAAGAAAUCUCAGAUCUGUCAGACAAAGACUAUAUUAAAAUGUACCUUCAAAUUCAGAAAGAGAAGCAUAAUAUAAAUUUUGCUUUUAAGAUAUCAUUUGAAAGAGGUUUUCUAUUAACUUCAAGUGAGUUUCGUGAUAAUUUCCAUGUUUCUGUGAUUGCCAAGUGUUUGCAGAUAGGACAUGAAAGAGCUGAGCUUUUCAGAGAUUUAAGUGCAGCAGCUUUAAGCAGAGGUGAAGUAGUGUCAUACAUUCAUUUUUCAAGUCAAUUGAUAUUGGUGCUUUUGGAAAAGACUUCAACCAAAACAGAAGCAAGAGAAGUGCUAAAAGAGAUUGGAGAAACCUUGCAAGAAGCGCCAAUAGAUUCAAGUACCGCUUKCUUAUUAGCGGAGAGCAGUUAUGAAUUCGCCAAAGGAGAAAUUGCGUAUAAUGACUUUCACAACAAGAUAUGCAGCCGAGAGCAGUUUGACGAAGGGAUGGCCUGCCAUAAAAAAUGUUUACAAACAAGAAAAGAGUUGUUAGGAGAUCACACCGAGACAACAAGAUCCUUAAAUGCUGUGGGGAACUGYUUCAUGGAGCUCGAAGAACACGAGAUAGCUUUACAUUACUUCACACAAGCUAUAGAAAUGAGAAAACGSCUCUCAGGUGACAARGAGCACAUCGACAGUCCUACUUUCAUGAACCAAGUAGCUACCAUYCAUGAAGAGAUGGGAAAAAAGUUUAAGAGUCAGUCACGAAAAAGCAAAAUGCCCGAAAAGAAAGAGCUUUUCUUCCAAGCUCAACGUGAAUUCCAACAAGAAGUGGAUAAAUUCMAGGAAGCCUUGGACAUGGAAAAAAGACUYCACAUAUAUGGAAAUAUUCGCACUGCAACGUUCUACAGGAACCUCAGCAAUGCAUAUUCUUACCUUGAGAAAUACAAAGAGGCUUACAUCUAUGCAAAGAAAGCCCUUCGCAUUAGAAAGAAGWUACUUGGYAUAGAUGUGGACACAGUUCGYAGCUACUACCAGAUCGGUGUUGCUUAUGAAUGGCUUGAUAAGUCAAAGAAAGCGCUAAAGUAUUAUUACAAGGCUUAUAAUAUGGAGAAUAAAUUGCCCCCUGGAGAAAGAAGUCGAGUUAAGUUGAAGAUUGAAGGAAAAAUCCAGAGUUUAUUGGGCGAUAUCGAGGAAGCUGUAGAAUAUGACAGCAGAACUGAUGAGGAAGUUAUGACUUCAGAUGACGAGGAUGCUGAUAAAAAGACUGCAGAAGAGGAAAUAUACUACUCAGACGAAUCAUCGUCCGGAUUUGGCUCGUCUGAUGAAGAAGAAACAGAGCCUGAAAUUGAUGYGUUGUCAAGKCCUUCCAMAGAGCCGCCCAAACCUACACUGACUCCUAGUGAACCGUUGGAAAGAGACGAAACAUUGCUGACCUCUGGCGAGGAAGACACUCUAUCAGAAGUACCCUUUGCAAUGAAAGGCUAUACAUUGUUACCCUUGAAUGCCUUUGACGAUGAAGAAGAAAUUGACUCAGAAGAAGUUGAAUGUGAAGAUGUCGAGGAGAGCAAGCUAAUUGGAUCAAAUGAGUGCGUCUGGAAGAUUAAAGACUCUGGGGUUCUUCUGUAUUUUGAGCCCAACACAUUAGAAUCAGACAUAAUGGUGAAGUGCCUUCUACGCAGUCCGAUUCCAAAUCCUUUGGACCCAGGAGAAACUCUGGUCAGUAGGGUCGUCCAUCUAGAAGCCAAGAAAAUGUCAGUAAACAAAUCUUUUACUGAAGUAAUUCCACAUAGUGGACCAACUYRCACCAAAGGCUAUGAAGUUAUUGUCAAGGAGUUCUGUGAAGAGACAAAUUCUUGGAGAGAUGUUGAUGGUGACUUGUAUACAAAUGUACAGAAUGAAAAAGACCUUCCUAURGAUAACAUCUUGUCCAGCGCCAAAAACAUGAAAUUUCCAUCUAUUUGUUUGAAAAGGCAGAGUGUUGGUAUCGUAUGUGUUGUGUCACGUUUAGUAUCCGACACAAUGUCUGUGGAGUCUUCAAGAUGUACUUUAACUUCGUCAGUUUUCCCUGACAUUUGUGUUGAGCUACAAGAGGACACAUUCAAAGGUUAUGCAGAGGUUUCUCURAAGGUCCAUCCACUUCCCAAAAGGCUUUUCAAGUCGACCAAGGUUUGCUGUGGACCAGUGAUUGAAUUAUCGAUGUCUGACGCACCUUCUKAUGAUAUUCUCAAACCAGUUAAAGUGAAGCUCCCUCWCCCGUUGKUUUUUCACCGCGAUGAGCCAMAGCMAGGMGACCUUCGAAUAUUGUACAAUGAACGUGAUGAUGGAAAUGGUGAAUGGAAGGACAUCACGGAUAACAUUAUUUUGGAUGUUCAUGGAAAUGUUGUAGAGAUGAAAAUCAACCAUUUCUCACUGUUUUUGCCAGUUUGGCUAAAGGACUCUAAGAAUGCCGAGAACGUCGUUCCAAAUGUCAAAAGAUUGCUUUCCAAAGUUUUUGGYAAAUCGCCCAUGAGUGCUUUCUUCAGCGUAAGCCUCGAUUGCCGUGUAGGUUACAAAGCAACGCUGAAAGUUAGUGUAAAACCGUCACAUAUGGACAGGAAGAGUAAUUCAUUAGAGGAUCUUUACGACAAAGAGAAAGUCACCGUAAAGCUUAUUGGUGGUGUAAAGCGAUUUGAACACGAGACAGAUCGUCUUAAUAAUCCAUUUACAAUAAGUUUUGAUCACCAAUGCGAAAGAGAAAGAGGAUUGCACGUCCUUGUCCAAGAGAACAGGUGCACUUGUCAAUUCAAAGGUUUUGAAAGAAGCGAGGUGUUUUGUGAAGUUCCAUUCCUAUUACCAGACAUCGAAGAGCUCACUCCCAAAGAWUUCUUUGGAAUUCCACUUGAGGACGAUAUUCUGUCAGACACUGCGAUCGAAGAUGUUGUGUCAAACUGUCGUAAAGUUUUAUCUCAGAUGACUUCACAGAAAGAWMUUAGAGAUAUUCUAGACAAAACGACCGAAGAACGUUUCGAAAGCAAGGCUAUUCAAUAUUUCUAUCAGAAAAUAGCUCACAAAGUCUACGAAGAGCAAGUUUUUGAUGCUGUUGUCAGUGCACAAGCGAAAUUCGACGGAGGUCUACAUGUUAAAGAACUCCUGGAAAAAGGUCGAGCAAUGGUUGAAAAACCUAUCGAUGAAGGAACUAUACGUGCAAUUUCACCAAUGGUCGUCGAGUUCUGCCAGGAUAUUGCUAUGGCACUUGAYCUGACAGAAAAAUAUGAAAAAAAUAGAUGGAAUUUGUCAGAGGAAAAACAAUUCCAAGAGAUAAUGAAGGCGUGGAGAAGUCGCUCAGGCAGUUCAGCAAACUUGCAUUCCCUUAUGAAAGUCAUGCUCAAGAUAAAUUGCGAAAGAGGCAGGGACGAACUGUUAUGUCGUUAUAAGGAAAUACUUAGUGGCAAAGUCAGUCAAGCUCACGAAGCGUUAACGUUUCAUGAAGUGUACACAGAGAGUACUUCUACUACCCCUAAUUUCGCUGGGCAACUGGAAGGCUUGUCRCAUACACCCAACGAACAGAGCACCUCGGAGGAAAAUUAUUCCGAUCCUUCCAUAACAAGYAACACGGACGAUAGCAAUGAUUCCUCCUUGUUUUAUUACAGCGUGUGUCUAUUCGUUGCAGCUGCGGGCUUCCUUUUUUAUAGAUACAUUAGGAAAUAGAUGAAAUCUAAAUAUUUUAAAUGCUUGCGCUAAAACUUCUUAAAUAUUCAAAACGAAGUUAAAAAGUUCCAACUUCGCACAAUGAGCGACARGGCUGACGYUCAGUUGUAUUUAUUCAGAAAGUUCUUUUGAGAAGAACGCUAAAAUAUGGUUCAGAAAUUAGAAAGUUAAUAAACAGAUUGUAAGAGCUCAGAUGAAAAUGGCGUUCUAAACGAGCCUUGUAUAAUUACUUGGUAUACAUUCAUGUUAAUACUGCAUCAAAUGUAUUAAUGUAAAUAAUAUGUAAUCAUUCGUCUUAAAAAGACAAUAACUAUCUUAUAGCUUUUUUAAUUUUUAUAAAAGGAAAUUUGCUAAUGUAAUUUUCAAAAUACUCUAAGUUAAAAACUUCAUAAUAAUCCAUUUUGUAGCUAAAAUUAAUAAAGGUUAUAUGUAUUCUAGGAAUUCCUAUCGGUUUUGUAAACAAUAAACUYCGUCUAUUAAAUUUUGACAAUGACAAUUGCCCUAGUUCAUUAUGACGUCACAUCAAAACAUUCUAUUGUUUUAACGCUAAGGAUUAUGGUCGCCAGAAGGGA